AUGUCGGAGCACGAGAGCACGGAGGAGGAGCAGGAGAUUGCGCUGAGGCACGUGGUGCGGCGGCCGACCGUUGCAUGUGGCGAUGAGUUGACUUUCGUUGACCUGUCAGGGGAGGACGUGCAGCGAGUGGCAAGAGAGGUGGUGGCGAGUGAGAAUGAGAGGCAGGCGACUGCGCUGCUGCUGAUCUCAGUGCUGGAGGCGCAAGUGGUGGUGGUGCCGGGAUACAGAGAGUACACGCUCACACUGCUGGCCGCAGAUGAGAGCACCCGCAUGGCAGAUGCCCACCACUGCCACCCCCACAGCUAG